AUGGCAAAAAAGUACCAUUCUGAAGUUUUGUACAAUCCGGAGGAUGAUCUUCACUAUGCUACCCUGACGGUUCGAGAUACUUUACUUUUUGCUCUCAAAUCUCGCACUCCAGACAAACCCUCACGCAUUCCGGGUGAGAGUCGCGACGAAUAUCAAAAAACCUUUCUUACUGCAAUUUCUAAAUUGUUCUGGAUCGAACAUGCCAUGGGAACAAAAGUUGGCAACGAGCAUAUUCGAGGCAUUUCAGGCGGGGGUCUAGAUUCUAGUACUGCGCUUGAGUAUGUCCAGAGUCUACGCAGUUUAGCAGACACUGCCCAUGUUUCGACACUAGUGGCUCUUUACCAGGCAUCCGAAAGCCUAUUUAAUCUCUUUGACAAGGUCAUACUCAUCGAAGACGGAAAAUGCGCAUUCUUUGGUCGAACAGAGGACGCAAAGGAAUAUUUCGAAAGACUGGGUUUCGAAAGCCCACCUCGAUGGACAACGCCGGACUUUUUGACAUCUGUUAGUGACAAGAACGCAAGACGUAUUAGAUCUGGGUGUGAAAGCCGAGUUCCUCGCACUGCAGAAGAGUUUCAGGCCACAUACCGAAGGAGCGAUGCAUAUAAGGCCACAUUUGCAGAUAUUGAAGAUUUCGAGAAUGAACUCAAAUCUCAAGAGCACGAAAGGGAACUCGCCAGAAGAAACAUGACAACGAAGAACUUCACGAUACCAUUUUGGAAACAGGUUUCUAUUUUUACUCAUCGUCAGUUGCUCGUCAUCCUUGGUGAUCAAGCAGCCCUAGCGGGGAAAUGGGGCGUAAUAAUCUUUCAAGCUUUAAUUGUGGGAAGUCUGUUCUAUGAUCUCCCAGAUACAAGCUCCGGCAUUUUCACUCGAGGAGAUGUCAUGUUUUUCAUCCUGUUAUUCAACGCUCUACUCGCCCUUGCGGAGUUGACAGCUGCUUUUGAAAGUCGACCAAUUCUGAUGAAGCACAAGAGCUUUUCUUUCUAUCGCCCAGCGGCAUAUGCUCUCGGUCAGGUAGUUGUGGAUGUACCAUUAGUGUUGAUUCAAGUUGUCUUAUUCAACGAGGUAGUAUACUUCAUGGCAAAUCUUGCACGAGCUCCAUCUCAAUUCUUUAUCAACUUUCUUUUUACUUUCGUACUAACUAUGACAAUGUAUUCAUUCUUUCGUGCCGCAGGGGCACUUUGUGCAUCCUUGGAUAUUGCCACCCGUAUUACUGGUGUCUCUAUUCAAGCAUUAAUCGUAUAUACCGGCUAUCUGAUUCCGCCCUGGAAGAUGCACCCGUGGCUAAAAUGGCUCAUUUGGAUCAACCCGGUUCAGUAUACCUUCGAGGCCUUAAUGGCCAAUGAGUUUCAUGAUCUUUCAAUUAAAUGCGAGCCUCCUUACCUUGUUCCCGCAGGACCAAAUGCAAAGUCCGGCCAUCAAACCUGCGCCCUUCAAGGAAGCGCACCUAACCAAGUGAUUGUUCAAGGGUCUGACUACAUAAAAACUGCAUAUACAUACUCUCGAGCACAUUUGUGGCGAAACUUGGGAAUUCUUGUCGCUUGGUUUAUAUUCUUCGUCUUAUUGACAAUGAUCGGUAUGGAAAUCCAGAAGUCCGACAAGGGAGGCAGCUCAGUCACAGUCUUCAAACGAGGAGAAGUCUCAAAGUCAGUUGAAAAUGCUAUCGAGCUUAUCGGCCCUCCAAUAGAUGAAGAAUCUGUGGAGAAAGAAGUACCAUCUCCAGACUCAACAGACGAGGGCUCGGGUAGAGACGUUCAGAAAGUCGCCAAAAGCGCGUCGGUACUUACGUGGCAGAAUGUGAAUUAUACUAUACCUUACAAAAAUGGACGGAGGACUCUCUUACAGAAUACUGCACUCCCGAAUGCACUGGCUCAGCGAAUUAAUUAUGGGAUCAUUACCGGGGUCUUUCUGGUGGACGGAAACCAUCUGCCAAAGAGCUUCCAACGUGCGACGGGUUUCGCCGAGCAAGUGGACAUUCAUGAGCCCACAGCGACAGAGAAGUAUGAUUAUUGUGAGAAGGUGAUGGAUCUUUUGGAAAUGAGAUCCAUUGCUGGUGCUACAAUUGGCUACAUGAGCUCAGGACUAAAUCAAGAGCAACGCAAGCGACUAACCAUUGCAGUGGAACUGGCCAGUAAGCCCGAGCUGCUACUUUUUCUGGAUGAGCCAACUUCAGGACUCGACUCUUUAGCAGCAUUCAAUAUCAUUGGAUUCCUGCGAAAGCUUGCAGAUGCAGAACAGGCCAUUCUCUGCACGAUUCAUCAACCGUCAGCUGUUCUAUUUGAACAAUUUGACGAACUAAUUCUCCUACAGUCUGGUGGGCGGGUAGUUUACAAUGGUCCUCUAGGGUCCGACUCACGUACCCUAAUAAAGUACUUCGAAACAAAAGGGGGGAUGAAAUGCUCACUGCACGCAAAUCCAGCGGAGUACAUGCUCGAGGUUAUUGGAGCCGGAAAUCCAGAUUAUAAAGGCCAGGACUGGGGUGAUGUAUGGGAACAUUCACAGGAGUCGAAAAAUAUUUCCAAUCAGCUGAGGGAUAUUAUUGGCUCUCGCCGCAAAAGGCAGCUUGAAGCGAUUAACGAAGAUCGUGAAUAUGCCAUGCCUCUCCAUGUCCAGAUAACGACUGUGACCAAGCGAAGAUUCAUAGCUUAUUGGAGGAAUCCCGAAUAUAUCAAAGGGAAGUUCAUGCUGCACAUAAUCACUGGGCUUUCCAAUGCUUUUACGUUUUGGCAUCUGGGCAACAGCUCAAUUGAUAUGCAAUCGAGGCUCCUUUCAAUCUUUAUGACCUUGACAAUUUCACCUCCACUCAUCCAGCAAUUGCAGCCACAAUAUCUACAUAGUCGGAGGCUUUAUCAGUCUCGCGAGUCCAACUCCAAGAUUUAUUCGUGGACUGCAUUUGUUGUAAGCAGUAUUCUGCCGGAACUUCCGUAUUCCAUCGUCUCGGGAUCUAUUUACUUCAACUGUUGGUACUGGGGAAUCGGUUUCCCUCGAGACUCGUUUACCUCUGGCUACGCUUGGAUGAUGUUAAUGUUGUUUGAAUGCUUCUACGUUGGCUUUGGGCAAUUUAUUGCAGCAUUUUCACCAAAUGAGCCGUUCGCAUCGCUGCUGGUUCCAGCUUUCUUUACAUUUACAACUUCGUUCUGUGGUGUUGUUGUGCCAUAUAUUGCCCUUCCUCAUUUCUGGCAAUCGUGGAUGUACUGGCUUACACCUUUCCACUAUUUCCUUGAAGGCCUCCUAGAUGUGGUAACCCACAACAUCCCUAUUCGAUGUGUUGAAAGGGAGGAGGCACAUUUCAGUCCCCCUUCUGGCUUGACUUGCGAAGAAUAUGCGAAGACUUAUAUCGAAGCAUCUGGGGGUUAUGUUCGUGAGGCAGGGGGUGGAAUGUGUGCCUUUUGCCAAUUCUCGACUGGAGAUGAGUUUGCUGCCAGUUUGAACGUCUUCUACACCCACAAAUGGCGGGAUUAUGGAGUCUUCUGCGCCUACGUCGUCUUCAAUUUUAUCGUUGUGUUCGCAUUCUCUUGGUUGUAUUUCCAUGGGGUUCGGAAUAUGAAACGGUGGUUCAGUGUGCGCAAGGCAAAACAUAUUGCACAUGCAUCAGUCUAG